UUAUAUUUUUGUUUUAUUUGUUGUUUAGCUUUAUGCCAGUAUAUAGAAGCUACUAAAUUCAGAGAUGGGGCCAGAGGAAAUUUGGCAAAUGAAGGUGAGAAUUUUGAGCAGAGUCCAUUGCGGAGAACCUUUAAAUCCAAGGUUCUAGCACAUUUUCCAGAAAAUGUCGAGUGGAAUCCAUUUGACCAGGAUGCAGUGGGCAUGCUCUGUAUGCCGAAAGGUCUGUCGUUCAGGACACAGGCCGACUCUCUGGAGCCUCAGUUCCACUCCUUCAUCAUCACCAGAGAGGACGGCUCGCGGACCUAUGGCUUUGCCCUCACCUUCUUCGAGGAGGUGACCAGUAAGCAGAUCUGCAGUGCUAUGCAGACUCUUUACCACAUGCACAACGCAGAGCAGUACGACAUCUUACACACUCCAACCUCGCCAAAGGGACUAGAGGACCAUCGACAUCAACACUCCCAGCCCCGUCCCGUGCUCCACGCUGCGCCUGCCAUCUCUCGCCUGCAGCGCUUCAACUCCUAUGACAUCAGUCGUGACACGCUGUACGUGUCAAAGUGUAUCUGCCUAAUAACACCCAUGGCCUUCCCUCAGGCCUGCAGGAAGGUGCUGCAGCAGCUACACCAAGCUGUAACCUCCCCCCUGCCCCCACCCCUCCCGCUGGAGAGCUACAUCUACAACAUCCUCUAUGAGGUGCCCAUGCCACCCUCUGGACGGUCCCUUAAGUUCUCAGGCGUCUACGGGCCCGUGGUGUGCCAGAGGCCGAGCACAUGUGAGCUGCCGCUCUUUGACUUUGCCAUCAGUGAGAUGUUUCACCUGCUGGGGGUGGAGAACGUUCUCCAGCUGUUCACGUGUGCCCUGCUCGAGAUGCAGAUACUGCUCUACUCGCAGCAUUACCAGAGGCUGAUGACGGUGGCAGAGAGCAUCACAGCCUUAAUGUUCCCCUACCAGUGGCAGCAUGUGUAUGUUCCUAUUCUGCCCGCCUCCCUCCUCCACUUCCUGGACGCUCCUGUGCCGUAUCUCAUGGGCCUCCACUCCAACGGACAAGAUGACCGUACCAAGUUAGAGCUGCCCCAGGAGGCCAACCUGUGUUUUGUGGACAUCGACAACCACUUCAUUGAACUGCCAGAGGAGUUGCCCCAGUUUCCCAACAAACUGGAGUUCAUUCAGGAGAUCUCCGAGGUGCUCAUGUCCUUUGGUGUUUCUCCAGAGGGAAAUAUUCACUCCAACGACAGCCAGGCAAAAUACCGCUUCAGAUCGGUUGAUAUGGUCUCUGAUAAACGUAACGGCAACCUGGCCUCGCCCCUCAACUCCUACCUGCUAAGGGAGAACGAAACUAUCGCCAGACUGCAAGCGCUGGUCAAGAGGACAGGGGUCAGCCUGGAGAAGCUGGAGGUGAGAGAGGACGCCAGCAGCAAUAAAGACGCACGGUUUCAAUGUGAUGAGGAGGAGCUAAAGAUGCACCAGGCCAACAUCCAGGUGCGUGAGGUCUUCGCCAACAGAUUCACCCAGAUGUUCGCGGAUUACGAGGUGUUUGUCAUCCAGCCAAACCAGGACAAAGAGUCCUGGUUCACCAAUCGAGACCAGAUGCAGAACUUUGACAAG